GCACACAUCUAAGGGACUGUCCCAGUGGUCUGUAGUGAACCCACAGUGCGAUGGGCCUGGUGGUGAACGGAUGCUGGCAGUGAAUGAGCAUCGGCCCUCGCGGCAGGGCGAUAUCUGGUGGAAACGCUCCUGCGGCAGCCUCCGCGGUUCACUGCGUUCUUGCCGAGUUGCUGAAGGCCUGGCUUCGCCAUCUUCGCCCGAAGGUCUCUGUCGGCGGUGCCACCCGUUUCCCAAGAGCUGCCGGCGAAGGCAACAAAACUUAGGUCUAGGCCAGGCCAAGGCAUCUCAAGUUCGAGUUACUGGGAGAAAGAUGAGAUGGUAGAAAAUCAGAACGGUGACAUUUUAACAGUAUUACGCUGUAAUUCUCUGGCCUUGGAGAUCGCAAGAAUCAGGCGUUAUCCUGAGGGAUGAAGGAGAGCUUCCCCAGGCCACAGGCAGUUUAAGGAAGAGGACUAGUUGUGGACAGACUGUAUUGAUUGCCUUCAAAGAUGAACCCAGGGAACCCCUUCAUUGGGAAGCAGCCCAGUGCUUUUGCAGUAUCUUCUAGUACCACGGGAACAUUCCAGACGAAGUCACCAUUUCGAUUCGGCCAGCCUUCCCUUUUUGGACAAAACACCACGCUGAGCAAGAACCUUGGCUUUUCACAGGUAUCAUCGAGCUUUACAGCACCCUCUGGAAUAAGUCAUUCUUCCUCGUUGCCAAUGUUUGGACUUCCCCAAACCUCUAGUGCUGGACUGUUUACUAGUCUUGAAUCCACACCUUCUUUUCCAGCUACCUCUGGGCCUUCAAGUUCAUCUGCGUCGGGAAAUACAGGAUUUAGUUUUAAAUCACCCUCUAGCGUUGGGGUUUUCCCAAGCGGUUCUACUUUUGGGUCAGAGACUGGAGAAGUAGCAAGCUCUGGUUUUAGGAAAACAGAUUUCAAGUUUAAACCUCUGGAAAAUGCAGUAUUCAGACCAAUCCUGGGGGCAGAGUCAGAGCCAGAGGAAAACCAGAGUCAAGCUGCGUCUGGCUUUCUCAAGUUUUCCCGGCCCGCUAGUAGUGCCUCCGGAGGCCUGACCCCUUCUCCUUUUCCUCAGGCGACAAACAGUUCAGUGACUAGUUCAAAUUUUGUCUUUUCAAAGCCAGCUGACAGUAAUACCACAUCUGCCCUUAUCCCUCCUUUGUCCAGCCAGAGUGUGGAAGAAGAGAAGAGGGGACCUAAAUCAGUAUUUGGAAGUUCGAAUACUGGUUUCGCCACUUUCCCCAUGUCAUCUGGAUCUUUGGGGGAGCACUUCCCAGGCAACAAAAUGGGUAUCCAUCAAGGAUGUGAAGGAGCCAUUUCCCUGGCGGAGCCGCUUCCUACCCCCAUGAAAGGACUAAAAAGGAAAGAGGACCAGGAUCGCUCCCCAAGGAGACACUGCCAUGAGACAGCAGAAGAUUCCGACCCCCUGUCCCGGGGCGACCAUCCUCCAGAUAAACGACCAGUCCGCCUAAAUAGACCCCGGGGAGGCACUUUGUUUGGUCGGACGAUACAGGAUGUCUUCAAAAGCAAUAAAGAAGUAGGUCGCCUGGGCAGCAAGGAAUCUAAAAAGGAAACAGGCUUUGUGGAAUCUGGGGAAAGUGACCACAUGACUGUCCCAGGAGGAAAUCAGUCUGCCCUGGUACCUUCCCGGCUUCCUGCUGUGAGUAAAGAGGAAGAGGCAGAAGGUAGAGAUGAAAAAGAAGAUUCCCUCAGGGGAGCAUCUUCUCGCCCGAGCAAAAGGAGUGAGAACACAGACAGUCUCAGGGGCUUGUCUUCCCUGGAGUCCACAGCCAUCCAGUGCAAGAACAUCCCUGACUGUCUCAACAACAGGACCAUCCUGGAGAACCACUUCGGCAAAAUCGCCAAAGUACAGCGGAUCUUCACCCGGCGCAGCAAAAAGCUGGCAGUGGUGCAUUUUUUUGAUCACGCAUCUGCAGCCCUGGCUAGGAAGAAGGGGAAAAGUCUGCAUAAGGAUAUGUCUAUCUUUUGGCACAAGAAGAAAAUAAGUCCCAGCAAAAAACCCUUUUCUGUGAAGGAGAAGAAGCUUGGUGAUGGUGAAACCAGUCAAGGCAUAGAGGAUCCCCCCUUUCAGCAUUCCCCUCUUGGCAAGCCCAUAGUGAGGCCUGCAGCUGGCAGCCUGCUGAAUAAAAGCUCUCCAGUGAAGAAGCCAAGCCUUCUAAAGAUCCACCAGUUUGAGGUAGACCCUUUUGACUCUGGAUCUGAGGGCCCCGAGGGCCUUGGUUCAUGUGCGUCAUCUCUUAGCAUCCUGAUAGGAACUGUGGCUGAGACAUCUGAGGAGAAGUACCGCCUUCUGGACCAGAGAGACCGAAUAAUGCGGCAAGCUCGGGUGAAGAGGACUGAUCUGGACAAAGCAAGGGCAUUUGUUGGGACGUGCCCUGACAUGUGUCCUGAGAAGGAACGCUACUUGCGGGAGACCCGGAGCCAGCUGAGCGUGUUUGAAGUGGUUCCAGGGACUGACCAGGUGGACCAUGCAGCAGCUGUGAAGGAGUACAGCCGGUCCUCUGCAGAUCAGGAGGAGCCCCUGCCACAUGAGCUGAGGCCCUCAGCAGUUCUCAGCAGGACCAUGGACUACCUGGUGACCCAGAUCAUGGACCAAAAGGAAGGCAGCCUUCGGGACUGGUACGACUUCGUGUGGAACCGCACACGGGGUAUACGGAAGGACAUCACACAGCAGCACCUCUGUGAUCCCCUGACGGUGUCUCUGAUUGAGAAAUGUACGCGAUUCCAUAUCCACUGUGCCCACUUCAUGUGCGAGGAGCCCAUGUCCUCCUUCGAUGCCAAGAUCAACAAUGAGAAUAUGACCAAGUGUCUACAGAGUCUGAAGGAGAUGUACCAGGACCUGAGGAACAAAGGUGUUUUCUGUACCAGCGAGGCAGAGUUCCAGGGCUACAAUGUCCUGCUCAAUCUCAACAAAGGAGACAUUUUAAGAGAAGUGCAGCAGUUCCACCCUGAUGUUAGGAACUCCCCCGAGGUCAACUUUGCUGUCCAGGCUUUUGCUGCAUUGAACAGUAAUAAUUUCGUGAGAUUCUUCAAACUGGUCCAGUCUGCUUCUUACCUGAAUGCGUGCCUGCUACACUGUUACUUUAACCAGAUCCGAAAGGACGCCCUCCGAGCACUCAAUGUUGCAUACACUGUGAGCACACAACGCUCUACUGUCUUCCCUCUGGAUGGUGUCGUACGCAUGCUGUUAUUCAGAGAUUGUGAAGAAGCAACAGACUUCCUCAAUUGCCAUGGCCUCACUGUGGCUGAUGGCUGUGUUGAGCUUAAUCGGUCCGCAUUCAUGGAACCAGAGGGAUUAUCCAAGGCCAGGAAGUCAGUGUUUAUUGCCCGGAAGCUGACUGUGUCUGUUGGAGAAGUCGUGAAUGGAGGGCCACUGCCCCCUGUACCUCGCCACACGCCUGUGUGCAGCUUUAACUCCCAGAAUAAGUACGUUGGGGAGAGCCUGGCAACAGAGCUGCCCAUCAGCGCUCAGAGAUCUGGUGCCGAUGCAGCCGGUGGUGGGCGAGGAGAGGAGCAUGAGGCAGAGGUGGAUGUGCCCCCACUGGCUCUCCUCCCACAGCCGCCUCCUGCACCCUCAUCCACACCAGUGAUUCAUGUGGCACCACUGGCCCCUGGUCUUUUCCAGUCCUCCAUACAGCCCGAGCUGCUGCCUCCAAAGCCUGCUCCUCUGUACUCUGACUUGGACCUGGUGCAGGUGGUGGACGAGCUCAUCCAGGAGACUCUUCAAGUGGACUGUGAAGAAGUCAGCACGGCUGGGGCAGCCUAUGUAGCCGCAGCUCUGGGUGUUUCUAAUGCUGCCGUGGAGGAUCUGAUAACAGCUGAAACCACAGGCAUCUUGAGGCAUGUUGCUGCUGAAGAAGUAUCCAUGGAAAGGCAGAGAAGAGAGGAAGAAAAGCGGCAGGCUGAAGAGGAAAGGUUGAAGCAAGAGAGAGAACUGGUGUUGACCCAGCUGAGCGAGGGCCUGGCUGCAGAGCUGACAGAACUCAUGGUGACAGAGUGUGUGCGGGAAACCUGCUCCCAGGAAUUAAAGAGUGCAGUCGAGACAGACCAGAAGGUUCGCAUGGCCCGCUGUUGUGAAGCCGUCUGUGCACACCUGCUGGAUUUGUUUCUUGCUGAGGAAAUUUUCCAGACUGCCAAAGAGACACUCCAGGAACUUCAGUGCUUCUGCAAGUAUCUACAACGGUGGAGGGAAGCUGUUGCAGCCCGGAAGAAACUCCGGCGUCAGAUGCGGGCCUUCCCUGCUGCACCGUGCUGUGUGGACAUGAAUGACCGACUGCAGGCACUAGUGCCCAGUGCAGAGUGCCCCAUUGCUGAGGAGAACCUGGCCAGGGGCCUCUUGGACCUGGGCCAUGCGGGGAAAGUAGGCAUCUCCUGUACCAGGUUGAGGCGGCUUAGAAACAAGACAGCUCAUCAGAUGAAGGUUCAGCACUUCCACCAGCAGCUGCUCAGUAAUGCUGCAUGGGCACCCCUGGACCUGCCAUCCUUCGUGGCUGAGCACCUCCCUGUGAAGCGUGAGCGCAUGUUUUGGAAACUGGUGCUGGUGUUGCCUGAUGGAGAAGAGCAGACUCCAGAGAGUCCUGGCAGAAUACUAGAGAAUUGGCUAAAGGUGAAGUUCACAGGAGAUGACAGCCUGGUGGAUGAUAUACGUGAUGGUGGCGGUGAUAUCCAGACACUCACGGUCUUUAAUGCGCUCAGUAGUAAAGGGGAUCAAACAGUUUCUGUUAACGUGUGCAUAAAGGUCGCCCAUGGCACCCUUAGUGACAGUGCCCUUGAUGCUGUGGAGACACGGAAGGACCUGUUGGGAGCCAGUGGGCUCAUGCUGCUGCUUCCUCCCAAAGUGAAGACUGAGGACGUGGCAGAGGAGGACCUGUACUGGCUGUCAGCCCUGCUGCAGCUCAAGCAGUUGCUUCAGGCCAAGCCCUUCCAGCCUGCGCUUCCGCUGGUGGUUCUCGUGCCCAGCUCCAAAGGAGACUCCAUGGAGAAGGAAGUGGAGGAUGGUCUGAUGUUACAAGAUUUGGUUUCAGCUAAGCUGAUUUCAGAUUACAUUGUUGUUGAGAUCCCUGAUUCUGUUAAUGAUUUACAAGGCACAGUGAAGGUUUCUGGAGCAGUCCAGUGGCUGGUCUCCCGAUGCCCUCAAGACCUGGACCUUUGCUGCCAGACCCUUAUUCAGUAUGUUGAAGAUGGGAUCAGCCGUGAGUUCAGUGGUCGGUUUUUCCACGACAGAAGAGAGAGGCGCCUGGGUGGCCUGGCCUCCCAAGAGCCCAGCACCAUUAUUGAGUUGUUCAAUAGUGUGCUCCAGUUCCUGGCCUCUGUGGUGUCCUCUGAGCAGCUGUGUGACAUCUCCUGGCCUGUCAUGGAGUUUGCUGAGGUGGGAGGCAGCCAGCUUCUUCCUCAUCUGCACUGGAACUCAGCAGAGCAUCUAGCUUGGCUGAAGCAAGCUGUGCUUGGCUUCCAGCUUCCACAGAUGGAUCUCCCACCUACAGGAGCGCCCUGGCUCCCUGUGUGUUCCAUGAUCAUUCAGUAUACCUCCCAGAUUCCCAGCUCGUGCCAGACCCAGCCUGUCCUCCAGUCCCGGGUGGAGAACCUGCUGUGCCGGACUUACCAGAAGUGGAAGAGCAAGAGCCUCUCUCUAGGCCAGGAGUCGGGGCCUUCAGUUGCUGAGAUCCCAUGGGAUGACAUCAUCACCUUGUGCAUCAAUCACAAGCUGAGUGACUGGACACCCCCCAGACUUCCCAUCACAGCAGGUAGUUGCCAUCAUGUAGCUGCUGCCAAGGGUGGCGAGAAGAAGGGCCGUUCUGCCAUUAGCGAGGUGGUGACCCGAGAAUACACCAUCAACAUUCACAAGCGCAUCCGUGGCGUGGGCUUUAAGAAGCGUGUUCCUAGGACACUCAGAGAAAUCCAGAAAUUUGCCAUGAAGGAGAUGGGGACUCCAGAUGUGCGGAUUGAUACCAGGCUCAAUAAAGCCCUCUGGGCCAAAGGAAUAAGGAAUGUUCCAUACCGUAUCUGGACUAAACAUGUGUCCAGCGGUGUCUGUGUGCUGUGCAUCCUUCUUAACCAUGAGAACUUCCACGCUUGUGCUUUCAGUUCGGGGACAAAGGCUUCUCAUCCUUCUGCAAGCAGUUUUCCUACUCCACUGCUUCACGUGCACCAUAAAGGGAAGAAAAACGAGGAGAGUGGCCGAGAGGGGAACCUCAGCACAGACAAUCUGAUGCGCGGAGCUUCAGCGGAAGAGCUCCUGGCACAGUGUCUGUCCAGCAGUCUGCUGGAGGAGAAGGAAGAGAACAAAAGGUUUGAGGAGCAACUCCAGCAGUGGGUAUCUCAAGACUCACAGGCAUUUGCAGAGUCAACUUGCCUUCCUCUCUACCUUCCUCAGACACUCAUAUCUUUCCCUGACAUUAUCAAAACUAAGACUGUGCUGAAAACAUCUACAACAAGGAGACCUCAGAAUGAAGGGGCAGGAGAGCAAUUGCAGUUCUCAGAGAUAUCAGACAUGUCGCUAACUGGAAGGCUGAAGCACCUGGAAAGGCUGAUUCGAAGUUCAAGGGAAGAAGACGUUGCCUCUGAGCUCCACCUGUCUGCGCUGCUGGACAUGGUGGACAUUUGAACAGUCUGACAUGUGAGGUGUUGUUUUCUUUGUAAUGGUUUUGUUUUCAACCAAAUUAUGCUAUGCUCAGAUGCUUGGUGUCCUGUCAGAAAUGAGAUUAUCAAUUAUGCAAAUAAACUAUUUGAGUCAUCCGAGAUCCUUCUUAGUUUUUGAAUAAAAGGCGGUAUGAUGUCUUUAAUAGUAUUUGUGCUGUAACCUUAGACUGGCACUCCCCAGAGAAUCUUUAUAAGUGUCUGGUUUUCUGUACAUAGACAUUUUGAGAAUUUUGUGUAUAAGUAGCUGAAUUUACAUCAUUUCAGCCCCUCCCCCCACUCUGGAAUUCCUGACGCAUUCUACUUUAAUGGUUGUUACAUAUAUAUACAUAUGCAUACAAUCUACUGAGUCUGUAUAAUGUUGCUGAUAUGUGUAUGUGUUCAGGGCUAACCAUUUGGAAUUGGAGAACCUUUUACAGGUCUCCUCCCUGACGAACCUGAUCCUCCCUGCUUGUACUGUUUGAAUAGAUGAUUAAUUUCUUAGGAAAGUCUCUGACCCUGGUGUGCUAGACAUCAGAAAUGCAGGGACAAGGUCAACUCUGCUCAUCAGGAGAGCCAGCAGACCUAUGCAUACAUACAUACGUACAUGAAUACAUACUUACACUUAUACAUACAUGCUGUUGUGGUUUGAAAGAAAAUGGCCCCCAAAGGGAGUGGCACCCUUUGGAGGUGUGGCUUUAUAGGAGUAGGUAUGGCCUUGUUUGGAGGAGUGUGUCACUGUGGGGGUGGGCUUUGAGGUCUCUAUAUAUUCAAGUCAUGCCCAGUGUCCUAGAUUACUUCCUGUUACCUGAGAGUAAAGAUGUAGAAUUUUCAGCUCCUUCUCCAGCACCACGUCUGCUUGCACACCACCAUGUCCUGACAUGAUAAUAAACCUCUAAACCGAAAG